GGCCGGUCCUGUGCAUGAGACAAAGAUGGCGGCUGAAGGUCUAGCGAGGAUCCCUGAGGUGGACAUUGACCCGGAUGGCGUGUUUAAAUACGUGCUGAUUCGGGUGAAUGUGAAGGAAGGCUCGGAUGAUUACAAGGAUAUUGUCCGGGGAUACGGCUGGGCUGAGUACCACGCCGAUAUCUACGACAAGGUGGCAGCCGAACUGGAGAAGGGGGACUUGCUGGACUGCGAGUGUCUGGGAGGAGGCAGGAUCAGCCAUUCCAGCAAAGACAAGAAAAUCCAUAUCUACGGAUACUCUCUGGGUUUUGGCCGAGCCAGGCAUGCCGUUUCCAUGGAAAAGAUCAAAGCCAAGUAUCCAGACUAUAAAGUGACUUGGGCCGAUGAGGGGUAUUAGGUUAACCUGUAACAAGACCCUCAUCCACACAGCGGCAUUUUACUCCAUCGCUCUAAAGACUGUAAAUUACCGUCUCGUUCAUUAUGGCAGCUUGGGACCCCCGCGCGCUUCUGCUGCGUGAACCACCUCCUAAUAUUUGGAAGGUAUCCUGAAAUCGAGCGUUUGAUCCUUACUUAUUACAAGUCUACAAAUCUAACGCAUGUUUCCCUUUAUUCUCUGUAUGAUGUUUAUUUUUUUGUACUUUCAUUUUUGUUUAUUAGUUUGGCCGCCAUCAAGUUUUACUUGUAUUACUUUAUAAAAGGGGCCAUGAAUUAACCUCCCCAGAUGAUUCUGAACUCCAGCUCCCAUUAUUAUCUCUAGACUCUGGUCAAUCAGGAGCUUGCAGAGAGUCAUGAGAGUCGUAGUAUGAUUACAACUGGAGGACUUCCCAUUGGCUACUAAAAAAAACAUUAAAAUCCAUGUUUAUAGCUUUCCUGAAGGUGGGCUUGUAACCGGGAAUAGACGGCUUUUUCCCAGAAUAAAACCAGUUGCCUUGUC